AUGGUGGAGAGCGGCUACAGCGGCGACUCGUCGCGCUCUCCCAUAACCGAGUCUCCCUCGCCACUGCACCAUCAGCAGCACCAGCAGCGCCAGCACCCGAUCGACCAGAGCUACAGUCACGCGAGCUCCACGACCGCGGGAGCGGCAUCUCUUUUCACGAUCGACAGCAUACUGGCGCCAAGGCCUAUGGGUAACGCACCGCCGUCCGUCGGGAUCCGGGCCGCCGAGGGCGGAGCCGUCGCCGCCGCGGCCGCCGCGGCUAACGCGAGGACAGCGGCUGCGGCCGCAGCAGCUGGUGUACAUCCGCUCCAGCAGCAGCUACAUCACCUCGCCUUCACCUCGGCGGAUUUCCUUGCUGCGGCAUACCCGGGCCUCUACCCUGGUGGUUAUGUGGCGGCGAUGGCGGCCGCGAGUGUCUCCCUCCACGGGCAGCCGGCAUUCUACCACGGGGCCCAUCCGUACCAGCUGAGCCCGGGCGGGGCCCCGGGCGUUGGACCCAUGGCCAAGCGCAAGCGCCGCCAUAGGACGAUAUUCACGGAAGAGCAGCUCGAGCAACUGGAGGCCACCUUCGACAAGACCCACUACCCGGACGUCCUACUGCGCGAGCAGCUUGCCCUCCAGGUCGACCUCAAGGAGGAGCGAAUAGAGGUCUGGUUCAAGAAUCGGCGGGCCAAGUGGCGCAAACAGAAACGCGAGGAGCAGGAGAGGCUGCGCAAACUGCAGAUCGAGCAGCGUUCCCGGGGCGGCUCCGUGGAGGCAGUGGGCGUCAAUAGUCUGCCCCAUCUCGUCCCCGGCCGGCAGCAGAAGCAGCAGAACCAUCAUCAGCACCAUCAUCACCACCACCACCACCAUCAUAUCGAACAGGACACGGACAGCUCGGACCUCGAGGUCGCGUAGUCUACACGGUAUGGACGACGGGAGGCUCCCAUGUGGUGCUGAGGGGACUCGGUCGGAGCUUUUUUCAGUCUGUGCGCUCGAUUGACCUCGUCGUAGCUUGGCUAUGCUGACCGAGGCUGGGAGGCUUUGAGAUCCGCGAUGGGUGCCGCUCCAGUCGUACUUCCCCGACACUGACACGUGCCUCCUCGGCUCCUCGUCUAAUUCUC